AUGUUUGCUUCAAGUGAGAGCCUAUCAAAGAACAAGUUUUCUUAUGCCGAUGACCGCCGCUUAAAGAAAUGGGUAAAGAUACUUGAAAAUAACUGGAAGGAGAUUGCAGAAAAAAUGCAUAAUAAGAAUGCAAGACAAUGCAAAGAUCGAUGGGAAAAAUACUUAUCUCCAAAUGUUAAAAGUGAGCCUUUUAGCAUUGAUGAAGAUAUUGCAAUUCUGAACAAUUAUCAAGUAAUUGGUCCAAAAUGGAUUGAAAUGUCAAAAUUAAUUCCAGGUAGAUCUGAUGUUAGCCUUAAGUCGAGAUACAAAUUAUUACAAAGACACGGGAAAACCUUGGAAAUGCUUUUAAAAGUUAAAUCUAAUAUGAUUAAAAUAGAAAAUGAAGAAAAAUUAGAAACCCAAGAUGCUUUACUCCAGCUUGAUGAAUUGUUUAAUACAAGUGAUCCAUUAUUGGAAGAUUUCGAGUUUGAUUUUUAA